AUGCAAGUACUCACGGAAGAAGCGUUAUCCAAGCCAGCAAGAAUUGCGACAGACUAUCUCGAUGGUUUGAUGAUCAAUUGCGAGCACAGGGAACGAGGAUGUGUUGAAUUGGUCGAGCUUGGCCUUCUUGAAACUCACAUUUCCGUGUGCGAGUAUAAACCUGUAACGUGUCCUAACGAAAGAUGCGAGGCUGUUGUAAACAUGGCAGAUUUAGAGGAACACACGAGCGAGGUUUGUGAAUACAGACAAGUAUUUUGUGAAGAAUGUGGCGAGAACAUGUCUUUCAAGAAAUAUGGAAAACAUGGCUGUUUUAUAAGCAAAGAUGUUCAGGUAUAAACACAAUUUUGAUGUAAA